AUGUCUGCUGUUCAACUGUCAUUCUCUCUCCGCGUCUCCUCCGGCGUCAAGACCGUCCACCUGCUCGGCUCUUGGGACAACUACGUCGGCCAGCUCCCCCUUGCCAAGGACAAGACCUCCAAGUCCGGCACCUGGAAGGGCACCUUCAGAUUCCAGAACUCGACCCUCGAGGCUGGCAAGCGAUACUGGUACUACUACAUCAUCGACGGCUACCACAUCGCCCACAACCCCUCUGUUGAGUCCACCACCGAGCCCACCACCGGCCGCGAGCUCAACAUCCUCGACGUCACCGAGGACCACAAGUCAAGCAGCAAGAGCUCCUCCAGGCACUCCUCGUCCAAGGACAAGUCCUCCCGCCACCGUGCUUCCCUCACCGUCGACAUCCCCAAGGGCCGACCCCUGUCCGUCUCCCAGAUCAAGGCCCCCAAGCCCAUGUCCCCGCACGCUACUAAGCACAUCCUCGAGUCUGACUACUACGGCAACGAGGAGCUCGAGGAGCUCACUGCCCGCUUCGGCAGCACCGGCCUCGACGAGGACGUCCUCACCGACUUCAGCACCUCUCCCGUCUCGUCCAACGGCUCCAGCCUCUCGUACCGCUCCGACAGCUCCUCGCCCAGCUCCUCGCUCUCCGGCUACAGCACCCCCAGCUCCGACUGCAGCUCCUGCACCUGCGAGCGCUACGGAAUCACCCGCAAGGGCGAGCGUGUCAAGAUCGACUGCGGCGGCGCCCGAUGCGGCUACGAGGACAGCUCCUCCUGCGCCAGCGACGUCAGCGACGACGAGGAGUACGACUACGAGGUUUCUCCCCAUGCUUCCCGCCGCAACGGAAUCAUUGUUGGUUGA